AUGUCACUUCCGGAGAUGGCAGCUAUCGCAACAGUUCUCAACCCAGGUAAUCCUGGUAAGAUCCUUACUUGGAUGAAUAGACCAGACAGCUCGCUCGGGCUCGAAAUUCGAUCGAUCAAAGACAAAGAUGAGGACAAGGAAUACAAGAGCCCCGCGACUGUAGGGACUAUCAAGAAUCCUUCUUCGAUCGCCACUUUCAUCGUUGAGCACAUGGCGAACGUCUAUGCUAUUGGAAACGAUGACUUUGUCUAUAGACUUAGCCCCACCAUCGAGAAAAUCGAUGAUGCUAGCGUCGCCGGAAACGCCGCCAGUCUUGCUGGUACAAGUGAUGGGGAGAAGGCUUGGUUGUACUACUUGACAGGGGGCAAGAAACAAAUCACGGAAUACCAAGUCGACGACGGCCCAAAUCAAACCCUAGUCAAUGAGGUGUGCUACGAAAAGACUUACAUUGCCGCUACUUACAAUCCCGAUCUGAAGCGAAGAUGGGUUGCAUUUCAGUUGAGCAGUGGUCAAAUAAAGGUUAUGAAUCUUGACAAAGGCACCAAUUAUAUCAUUGGGGACUCCAGCCAAUCGAAACUUCAGACACCUCUGGCUAUGUGCUACGUCUCAUCUGGCUCGGAUAGUAAAGGGGGGAUAUUUGUUUACUAUACGAAUAAGGAUGGCCAGCUACUGAGGGCGUACAAAACAACUGCCUUGGGCGACGACAGUGCCUUCUCAGCUUCUGUCAACUUUGGAAACGAUGCGAGAACCGUCUCUCAAUUCAGCCAAAUUUCAGUCACCGCUGCUCCCGAAAGUAAUAUUGUAACAUAUAUUAGUGGUGCUGGCAAGAAUCGCAAGCUUACCAAGUUUUUGGAUCUAAGGAGUUAG